AUUGGCCAAAUGCUUGAUUCUUCUCUAGCUAUAUGCUUAAGAAAACAAUCCAGCCAUGCAUGCACAGAGAUGUUUAGUUCACUGUGAUGCUGCCUUCCUGUAAUGGGAAACAUUGAAUCAAGUUUUUAUUCCAUUAUGUGAUGUCGACUACAUGAAUUAAAACUCUCCGAUAAUUUCUAUAGACGUUCAUAAAUAUUAUGGAGAUCAAAUAGAAAACACAUCAGAAACAGCCAUCAAAACCACAACCCACAAUCCAAAACCAAAUCCCAAAGAGCACAUGGUUUCAAUUCAGGUUCUUCCAAAAAUUCAUUCUAUGACGACUACAAUUUGACAACGCAAGCAGUAAUGAUAUUUGGCAGCGCCUCAGAUUGCCACCCAGUCACUGUGACGCCAAUACAGACGCGCCUUUCCCGCUGUAACCCCUCUCUCGAUAAACACCCACCGAAAAGCCCUACGUUUCCCCAAUUUUCAGCCUUUUUCUCGCCCAACCCACUUGCCUUUCUUGCGUUUUCCUUGUGAAUUUCCCCGAUAGGAGUCUGCUUUCGGGGAAAAUAGAGCUCCAUGGAGGAAGAGGAGGCUCUGCCGGACCACCUCCGCUGCAAGCGAACCGACGGGAAGCAAUGGCGGUGCCGCGGGCGAGUGAUAGACGGCAAGAACCUCUGCCAGAUUCACUACAUCCAGAGCCGGCACCGGCUGAACAAGGAGGCAGUUCCCGAGUCUCUGAAACUCAAGAGGAGGAAACGCAGACCGAGAAAUCAAGAGUCUGCAAGCAAAGAGAUGGGAAAUGAAGAGUCUGGGGCUCAGAAUCAGGAAACCAGGGCAAAAAAGGGGAAGAAGCGGGCAAAUGUGGGUGUUUCAGAGGACCUGGAUGGGACUCCGAAGAAAUUGAAGCUGAAGAGAGAUGGUUUGCAGUUGGAACUGAUCAGGGAGUGCUUGAAGAGGGAGAUGGAGAAGAAGAAGGAAAGGGAAUUGAGGAAAAACAGUGAGGGCGAGGCAGAGUUGACGAAGCAGUUGCCUAAUGGAGUAAUGGCAAUUUCUACUGCUCUGCCUCAGCAAAAUCUUGGUGCCAGUCCCUUCUGCGAUGUGAAAUUGGGGACUAAUUCGGGUUCGGGUUCGGGUUCUAGUCUGCAGAGGUGCUUUCGGUCGAAGAACAUCGAGCCAAUUCCUAUUAGUACAAUGCAGAUGGUCCCAUAUGCACAAGAUGUGGCUAAGUUGAGAAAAAAGAAGAGGAAGAUCAACGCAACUCUUGGUGCCAAUCCUUCCUACAAUGCAGCUCUGCCACAGCAAGAUCUUGGUGCCAAUCCUUCCUGCAAUGUGAAACUGGGGAGUGAUUCGGGUUCAGAUUCUGUUCCGCGGAGGCGCUUUCGAUCGAAGAACAGUGAGCCAGUUCCUAGUAGUGCAAUGCAGAUUGUCCCAUAUGUGGAGAAUGAGGCUAACUUGAGAAAAAGGAAGAGGAAGAAAUGCCAUUGGUGUCGAAGAAGUAACUAUCGGAUUCUUAUUAAGUGCUCCACUUGCAAGAAAGAAUACUUUUGCACAGAGUGUAUCAAAGAGAGGCCUUCUGUCAUGGAAGAGCAAGUUAAAACUGCAUGUCCGGUUUGUUGUAGAACUUGCAACUGUAGCGCUUGUUUGGAAAAUCAAUCCAAAGACGAAGAAGACAAGGUACUGUUACAGGAUCCUAUUGGGAAUGAAAAGAGGGUUGAGAAAAUUCAACAAUUGCGUUAUCUGAUAUAUGCACUUUUGCCUGUGCUGAAACAAAUAAAUCGACAGCAGAGCGCUGAGCUUGAGUUAGAAGCAAAAAUCAAAGGGAAAAUACUAUCUGAGUUUCAGAUUCAGCAGGCUGAACUUGGCGGCAAUAAGCUACAGUACUGCAACAACUGCCGAAUAUCAGUGGUGGAUUUCCAUAGAAGAUGUGGAAAUUGUUCAUAUAACCUUUGCUUAAGAUGUUCAGAGUUUUUCCGACAGUCCUUACCUGGACAUGAGAAAGCAUUUAUCGCCAAAUGCCCUAACAAAUAUAAAGCUUGCCUCUCCUGUGAUAAGGUAGUGUCAAUGAUGAAGCAUACAAGCAUUUUUAGGCAGGAUUCUGGCAAUUGUUACUUUCCAUCUCCUGCCACACCACCCAAGUGGAAAGCUUGUAAUGAUGAUGGAAGUAUAAUUUGCCCACCCACUGCUUAUGGUGGCUGUGGUGAUGUCCCUCUUGACUUGAAAUGUAUAUUCCCAUUUGGUUGGACAAGAGAGCUGGAAACGAGUGCAGAACAAAUAGUUGGCACCUAUGAUUCUCAAGAAUCUUUCGAUGCUUCUUCAAGGUGCUCAUGGUGUAGAGGUGUGGGAAAUAAAGACAGUGAAAGCAAUCUGUUAAAAGGAGCAGCUUCAAGAGAAGAUUCCAAUGACAACUUUCUGUACUACCCCUCUGUACAGGAUCUUCGUGAUAAAAACCUUGAACACUUUCAGAAGCACUGGGGUAAAGGUCAUCCUGUCAUAGUACAUAGGGUGCUUGAGAGUACAGUAGAUCUGAGCUGGGAUCCAAUUGUCAUGCUCUGCACCUAUCUUGAGAAAUGCAGUACCAGAUCAAAAAAUGGCAAAGAAGCAAUUGAAGCUAUAAAUUGCUUGGAUUGGUGUGAGAUAGAAAUCUGUAGCAAGCAGAUCUUUAUGGGUUUUCUGGAGGGGCAGUCACAAGCAAAUAUGCAGUAUGAGAUGUUGAAAUUGAAAGUCUGGCUUUCUUCAUAUCUGUUUCAAGAACAGUUUCCAGACCAUCAUGCUGAGAUCAUCCGUGCUCUACCACUACAAGAGUACCUGAACCCAGUGUCCAGUCCUUUUAAUUUAGCUGUAAAUCUACCACAGAAUACAGCAAAGCUCGAUUUAGGUCCUUGUGUACAGAUCUCUUUUGGCAGUCCUGAGGAUUUUAUGCAGGCUGAUUUUGUGACAAAACUAUGUUGUGAUGCGCAUGAUAUGGUUGAUAUUCUGGUGCAUACAACAGAGGUUUCUAUUUCCCCUGAACAGCUUACUAAAAUAAAAAAUUUAAUGAAGAAAUGCAAUGCUCAAGAUCAAAAGGAUCCUACCAGUAUUAUUACUGAUCAGAAAACAGACAAUGAAUUGGAAAAAUCUUCAGUUCUUAUUCACAACACUGAAGCAUCAGGACUGCAGGACUUGAUUGAAGAUGGGUUGCCUUUACCUAACGUCCUUGCUGAAGUGACUUUACCAGUAGCUGAUUUUCCUGGUGCCCAAUGGGAUGUUUUCCGCAGGCAAGAUGCCCCAAAGCUUCUAGAAUACCUUUCAACACAUUUUAACGAUUUCAGGCGGACAUAUUGUUCUCCAAAGCAGGUUGGUGAUCCAAUUCUUGAUCAGAAAUUUUAUUUAGAUGCAACUCAUAAAAUGAGGCUUAAGCAAGAAUUUAAUAUUGAACCGUGGACGUUUGAGCAACAUCUGGGUGAGGCUGUCAUCAUUCCUGCUGGAUGUCCAUAUCAGAUUAGAAAACUGAAGUCUUGCGUUAAUGUCAUUUUGGACUUUGUCUCACCUGAAAAUGCUACUGAGUGUAUCAAUUUGAUUGAAGAACUCCAUCUACUCCCUGUACAUCAUAGAGCCAGAAAAAAUAUGCUUGAGGUGAAAAAGUUAGCCCUCCUUGGUAUUUGCACAGCAGUCAAAGAAAUCCAUAAUCUUACAGAAGAAGACAUGAGUAGUGUUGACAGGGGACUAAACAACGAGGCUGAAGGAAUUGAUGAGACGGAUGACUCUAGGGCUGAGGGAGCUGAAGAUCUUACUAAGGAAGCUGAGGAGCGGGCACAAAAUUUGGCUGAUGGGCAAGAAGACAUUGAUGUUCUAAACAACCGAAGAAACCAGAGCCGAACAAGGAGAAUUCCAUCUCGACUGUUGGAUUAAUGGAACAGUUGCACAAAAAACCGUAAGUAAAUAGAAAGAGGAAAGAAGAGCUGAUAUGAGCUCAGUUCUGUUAGUUGUUAGCUCAACUAGUUGAUGGUUGCAGUUAGUAGUUGAACAGUUGGUUUUCUUAGUUCAUUGGAUAGUUAAUUACCCAAAUAGAGUUGGUUUUAGCUGGAUAGCAGAACCAUACAGAAAGGGGGUUGUCAUUGGAGGGAUAAGAACCAUAUAGCAGAAGCAUAUAUAUAUAGCAGUUGAAAGUUUUUCCUUUUUUA